AUGUCAAAAUGGAAGGUUUAUCAACAAAAGAAAUUUUUGGAAGAAUUGAGGAAAAAUAGGAAAGAAAUUACGGUUGGAGAACCUCUACAUGGAUUGGGAAUUAAAGUGGAAAUUGUUGGGGAUUGUGGAUAUAGGCCUGUUACAGAAAAUACAAUAUUUUAUUAA